AUGUUUUUCCUUUCUGCACUCCCUUCGCUAGGGCUUCUGACUUCUUUUGUCUCUGCUCAGUACUCGAAUACCACUAAUGGUACUUCCGCUUCCAAUGCCUCCACAUACACAAACCCUAUCCUCAAUGAAGUGGGCGCAGACCCAUGGGUAAUUCGUUAUGGAGACUAUUAUUACAUGACGGAAACUACCAAUACCAACAUAACUAUACGUCGAAGCUCUGUCUUGACUGAUUGGAACAAUGCCGACGUUAAGCUGGCCUUCAACCCACCCCCAGGCAUGAACUACUCAACUGACCUCUGGGCACCUGAGUUGCACCAGAUUGAUAACUCCUGGUACAUCAUUUUCACCGCGGACCCCGCGAAUGAUUCGCCUCCACCUGACGUCGACAUGUGGUGCGACUUCUCAUGUCCAGCAGUUCACCAUCGCAUGUAUGUUCUUGAAGGCUCAUCUUCUGACCCAUGGGACUCGACCUAUACUCUGAAGUCUCAGCUCAAUACUUACGAUCAAUUCGCUAUCGACGGUACCUACUUCCAACAUGACUCUGGGCUGUAUCACAUCUACAGUUGCUGGUACCGUCAAUACGAUGCCUGGCCAUCAAAUCUCUGUAUUACCAAGAUGUCCGAUCCUUGGACUGUGGAGAGUAACUUCACGGAACGUCAGAUCAUCAGCGUGCCAGAUAACCCUUGGGAGAAGACACCUUAUGGACGACCUUGGAACUACCGCCUCUCAUCCAACGAAGGACCACAACAACUCACCAACCCUACUACGGGUCAACAAUUUGUAAUUUACAGUGCUGCUCGAUCUGACAACCGCAACUAUUGCCUGGGUCAGCUAGAGCUUGUUGGUGAUGAUCCGAUGAACCCAUCAGAUUGGCGCAAGAACAAUGAAGGUUGUGUCUUCUACCAGAACCCAAAGGAAGAAGCGUACGGAGUGGGGCACGCCAGUUUCACUAAGAGUCCCGAUGGUACUCAGGACUGGAUCGUGUAUCAUGGUAUGAGAGAUCCUACGAAUGGAUGGAGUGCGAGAACGAUUAGAACACAGCAGUUCACGUGGAAUGCUGAUGGUACACCCAACUUCCCAAGACCUGGGUACGGACCUUACCCAGUGCCCUCGGGACAAAUUUGA